GUCGAAAACACGUCUGAAAAUUUUACAGAAAGGUAUGUACAUAUGAUCUCUAUGGGUUGUGACAUACAGUAUGUUCAUCUCACAUCUGAAAGAGGAAAUGCAGACAGAAAUUCUUGAAAGCAGGAUCACUUCAUGUGGGAAACACUGUUCCUUGACAGCUGGAAACUCACUGUUGCUCUUUAUAAACACACCCACUUUCUUCUUAUAAAUAGUUUAUAGAGACACACUUGAGAGUAAGCACAGCCGCUGCAGAGGAAAGGUACGUUAUUGUAUACAACCCAUACGAAAGCAGGUAUGGGAAAAUAAUGUGUUGGAGGACACUCUUGUAAUAGCACGGGAAUGUAACCAGAGAGGUGGUGAGCACGGUCAGCCUGACUUCUUGACUCAUCUGUCACAUUUAUAGCACCCUAAUGCCCCACCCAACCUCAUGCAAAACACUUACCAACACAUGCUACCAGCCCACAGCCCACAGCCCACGACUGCAGACCGUUGAUUUGGUCAUCAACUUUGCAGACCUGCCCCAACAGCUGUAAGUCUAAACUUGUAGCCACUCAGUUGUAAAGAAAGUCACAGUGAGUAGAGGACGAAGACCUGAAAGUAGGACAGGAGCAGCUUGGCACUCUUCCCUACAAACAAGAGGCACAUACUUGUGACAAGUGAAGCAAAGCCACUGGCCUGAGGGAAAGGAGAAGAUACUUUUCAGGAAGCUUGCUGCAGUCGCUGAGAGAAGCUCUCCACACUGCAGAAAAUCAAUUUGAUAGAUUUGCUUUAAUUCGAAAGAAGAACAGAGCAGAAAAAAACAUCAACUGGAAACAUGCACAAGCGCACCAAGAUUAAAAUCACCAUCUUUGUGCUGCUGGUGGGAAUGGCUUGCACAUUCACAUCAGUGGUAACAGACCACUGGGCAGUGCUGAGCCCAAAAGUUGAGACCUGCGAGGCAGCUCACUUCGGCCUGUGGAGACUGUGCAAGAAGACCAUUUACAUGAGCUCAGAAAUCUUUGACAAAGGCCGAGGCUGCGGACCCAUCAGUCUUCCUGGAGAGGAAAACUGCACCUACUUCGGGCACUUCGCCCCAGGACAGGACUCAGAGAUAUUUGAAUACAAAACCCAGAAAGAGUACAACAUCUCUGCAGCUGCCAUCUCCAUCUUCUGCCUGGGCUUCAUAAUACUGGGGGUCCUGUGUUUGAUUGGAUCUUGUACUGGUAAAGGCAAAGGAAGAGACUACCUACUCAAACCUGCCGGAAUGUUCUUUGCAUUUGGAGGCCUCUGCACCUUUGUCUCACUGGAGGUGAUGCGUCAGUCGGUGAAAAGAAUGAUCGAGAGCGAGGAGACAAUCUGGAUUGAAUACUACUACAGCUGGUCCUUUGCUUGUGCCUGUGCCGGCUUUGUGAUUCUGUUUGUGACAGGUAUCACCCUCCUGAUCCUAUCCAUGCCUCACAUGCCCAGGAACCCAUGGGAGACUUGCAUGGACGCUGAGCCAGAGCAAGUGGAGUAAUGGUGACAUGAAAAUGAACGCAAGAGUGAGGAGACAGUGGCUGUGAGUUAAAGCACAGCUGUGAGUUAAACGAGCGAGAACUGGCAACCUAACAUCAUACCAACAGAGCAUGGCUCUGUGGUGAGGAUUUAAACCUCCAACAAUACAACAACCUGAACAAAAUCCAUGUGUUUAUGAGAUUUAAAUGUGCCUCAUUGUGGAGAAUCAGAAUUAAGAUUAGACCUUGGCCUAAACCACAUCAACUCAACCACAUAGACGUCCUCAGGAUUAGAGCUAGUGUACAACAGACUAACUGAUUACAGGUCAAUGUUGGACAUGUUUUGUUUCCAAUCUGUCUCCAUUUUGUACAGAUAAUAUAAUAAUAUAAUAUUUACAGUACUGUACAGUACACAUUCGUCUGAGAAUAAGGUACUAAACUUUAGCUUUAUUUGAUAUUUUAUUUGAUAUCUUUGAUAUGUGUACGUGAUGACAAGAAUAGACACAACACGUGCUACGAGUCCCCAGUGUAUCGAUACAUAUGUUGAAACGCAGUAUCAACUAACACUCUGCUGCUCUUCUGUCUGCAUGUGAACGCCAAUCAUUCUGGAAUUAGUUUAGCUCCAGCACAUGCAUCUAAUGUAAAAACUCUUCUCAAUAAUUAUGCCAACUAAGGCUGCGGUGACUCUCGGUGUCACUGUGUUUCUUUGAUUACAAGGAAUCUUUUAUACUUUUAACCAAUUAAAUUUUUGUAGCCAUUCCCGAAUAACUGUGGUCCUUAUUACAACUUCUAGAACAUGUGGCCCACAAAAUUAACACAACUUAUUUUUCUACUGUAAAACACAAGACCAUUUAAGAGACAGCA